CGUGUAAUGUCCAAGACAAAUAACUAAACACUUAAGAGCUAAAUACUUACUACUUAUUACUUGUAAAAUUUAAAAUUUUUAUGUUAUUGUAAAUUGUAAUUAAGAUAAAUUGUGAAUGUUAAAAUAAUUAUUUAAGUUUGAAACAGUAUAACAAUUUUACAUUUCUACAAAUAAUCAUGGGUAAACCAAAAACCACUAUAUUAAAUGCCAAUCAUCCAAACAGUAGAAAAACAAAGCAAUUGAUUAAAACUAAACACAAGAUAGCAUUUCGGGACAAGAAGAAGUAUGUUAACUUAGCAAAACCAAGCUUACUAUGUGAAAAAUUAAUUUGGUUCAGAGAUAAUAUUGAUAACACAAUUGAGCAAUAUACUCAGGAUACUCUCUCAUCAUUAAUUGAGAAAUAUCUUAGCCGUUUUGACCAUGAAGCCAGUAUAAUUAAAGCAAGACAUAAAGAUAAGGGCAAUCGACGAUUUGCCAGUCGAGAAGAUGUCAUUAGACAUACAAUAGAACGAGAAAGAGAAGAGUAUAAUACAGCUGGCAUUGAAGUGCCAAAUAUACUUGAAGCCAGUCAAUUACUGUAUUUGCGCACCUGGGAUGGUGAUAUAAAGUAUCUACCAAAUAUCAAAAUAAUUCGUUUUCGCUGUUUAAAUUUAAACCAUUAAUUAAACCAUUAUUAAAAAUAUUAAAUUAUAAAUGUUACUAUCAUGCUAUAUA